ACAAAACUUAAAAGUGCUGUUCAGCUGCAAGAUCUGUUAGAUGCAACACGGAUUCUUAAAUUAGCCUUGGAUCAUAUUGUUUUGCAGGAAUCUUACCAUGCUUUAUCAGGUCAUGCAACUGAUGCAAUGAGAGGGUCGAGAGUUCCGUCCAUUCUUAAUUCG